AUGUAUACAUGCUAUUGAAAGAGUAACAUUUAGUCAGGCACACAAUCAUUUACAGGCCAUUGACUUGAAAUAUUGAAAUAUUUUUCUUAUUUAUGUCAAAUACACAUCUCACUAGGUUUGCAAGGCUUUGUUCAGAAACCCUGAACUGAAACCCCACAUCUUACAUUUUCAAAGGAACAUUGUAUAACAGAAGAAUCGUUUUAUGUAAAUGGUCAGGUGUCUUCCUGUGCAGAUGGUUUUCAGUUCUGCUUUUGGAGGCUAUUUCAGCUUUAUUUUGGGCUUGUGUAUUACCUAACGCUUCCAUCUGCUAUUUGUUCUGCUCUGUGAAGCAUGUCUCCUCUCUCCACCUGCUUUCUCUUCCACUUUUGUCAAUGUUAAGAACUCUUGUUAUGUAAAUAAUUUAAUUUCAAAAACAAUAAUUAUUGUUACUGUCUUUUCCAGUUGGAAAAUAUUUGUUAUACGAUAUAGAUGUAACAUAUCUCUUUAAAGCUCUUUACUAGACAUUUUAAACAUUUCCCAUGCAUUUAACUGAAUGUCAUUCUUAUUUUAACAGAAAAGCGUGUCACUAAGCCAAGUAUUACUCUGCUGAGUAGGCAAGAAGGUGAAAAUAUCCUCUUAGAGUGUCAAGUGAAUGAUUAUUACCCUGACAAACUCGAUGUACAGUGGCUUAAGGAUAACAUCAAGGUCAACAAUUUUACGCUAGAUAAAAAGCUUCAGAAUGCUGAUAAUAAGAAGAAAAGCUUUACUUUAAUAAGUCAGUUAAAUAUCACUGCUCAGAAUCAGGGCAAAAUGUACACUUGUAAUGCCACGCACAACUCUGAGGAAAUCAAACAAAACUAUGAUUUGUGCAAGGAUUUCUCCAAACCUUUGGUGACUGUAAAUAAACCUCAUCUCAGAGAGAUUAUAAAGGCGAGUACAGUCACUGCUUCUUGUGUUGUUGAAGCACCGUACAACACUCAAGUGUCAUGGUUUAAAAAUGGAAGCAAUGUCCCCAAUACAAAACCACCGGUCAAAUCACCUUUGUCCAGCAGAUCACAGAAAAUUGUAAGCAACCAGACUUUCUCCACAGUAGAUUGGUUGGGACAUAAUAUUGUUUGUAAAGCUACACAUCCAUGUUUCAAAGCAGAGGAACCUGUGAUUAAAACUGUUAAUAUAGAGAAAGAUCCUGUUGUGGUGAUCAGGAGGUCUUUCAGAGGAGGCAGUGCUGUACUGGAGUGUGUUGUACGAGAUCUUCCCUCUGGUGAAGUCUGCAUCACCUUCCAGUCAGGUGUUGUUGAUUUCUCACAAGUCAGUUGUGCAGAUGUAGCUUCUUCUGAAAACAAUCAGUCCCUGACCACAGACUUUACAAUACCCAAAAAGCACCAAAAGGAAGGCACAACAUUUACCUGUAAAGUUCACAGUUCUUCCAAACAAUGGACAUCAAAACCUAUAGGAAACAUUUUUGAUAAUCCUACUAUUGAGCUCUCAGUUGUUCCUAGUGUUGGUCAAUCGAGUUUGAAUUAUCAGAAACUGAUUUGUUCUGGGACAGGAUUUGACCCAAAGAUCAAAUGGCUUUCAAAUUUUAACGUGACAACUGACACAGCUGUAGAUGUCACGAUAGGUGAAGAUGGACGUUUGAAAGUGUACAGUGAGAUGUUGGUGCCACAACAAGACUGGAAUCAAGGGGUGAUAUUUACAUGUGAAAUUACUGAUCAGCACAAUGCUAUUAACAAAAGCAUCAAUAUUUGUUCAGCACAAGAUUCAUCCAAGCCUUUGAUAAAAGUAAAGAAACCCCAUCUCAGAGAAAUUAUGAAGGAGAAGACAGUCACAGCUACUUGUUCUGUUGAAGCACCAAACAACACUGAGGUGUCAUGGUUGGUAAAUGGUGUAAGAAGAAGUGCUACCAAAAGAGAAACAUACAAAUCACCUUUGUCCAGCAGAUCACAGAUUAUUAAGAGCAUCCAGACUUUCUCCAGAGAAGAUUGGUUGGGGUUUAAAACAAUUGUUUGUACAGCUACACAUCCAUGUUUCAAAGUAGAGGAACCUGUGAUUGAACCUGUUAAAAUACAGAAAGAUCCUGAUGUGGUGAUCAGGAGGUCUUUCACAGGAGGCAGUGCUGUACUGGAGUGUGUUGUACGAGAUCUUCCCUCUGGUGAAGUCUGCAUCACCUUCCAGUCAGGUGGUGCUGAUAUCUCACAAAUCAGUUGUGCAGAUGUGCCUUCUUCUGAAAACAAUCGGUCCCUGACCACAGACUUUACAAUACCCAGUGAUCACCAAAAGGAAGGCAAAACAUUUACCUGUAAAGUUCACAGUUCUUCCAAACAAUGGACAUCAAACCCUACAGGAAACAUUUUUGAUAAUCCUACUAUUGAGCUCUCAGUUGUUCCCAGUGUUGGUGAAUCGAGUUUGAAUUCUCAGAAACUGGUUUGUUCUGGGACAGGAUUUGACCCAAAGAUCAAAUGGCUUUCAAAUGUUAACUUGACAACUGACACAGCUGUAGAUGUCACGAUAGGUGAAGAUGGACGUUUGAAAGUGUACAGUGAGAUGUUGGUGCCACAACAAGAUUGGAAUCAAGGGGUGAUAUUUACAUGUGAAAUUACUGAUCAGCACAAUGCUAUUAACAAAAGCAUCAAUAUUUGUUCAGCACAAGAUUCAUCCAAGCCUUUGAUAAAAGUAAAGAAACCCCAUCUCAGAGAAAUUAUGAAGGAGAAGACAGUCACAGCUACUUGUUCUGUUGAAGCACCAAACAACACUGAGGUGUCAUGGUUGGUAAAUGGUGUAAGAAGAAGUGCUACCAAAAGAGAAACAUACAAAUCACCUUUGUCCAGCAGAUCACAGAUUAUUAAGAGCAUCCAGACUUUCUCCAGAGAAGAUUGGUUGGGGUUUAAAACAAUUGUUUGUACAGCUACACAUCCAUGUUUCAAAGUAGAGGAACCUGUGAUUAAACCUGUUAAUAUACAGAAAGAUCCUGUUGUGGUGAUCAGGAGGUCUUUCACAGGAGGCAGUGCUGUACUGGAGUGUGUUGUACGAGAUCUUCCCUCUGGUGAAGUCUGCAUCACCUUCCAGUCAGAUGGUGCUGAUAUCUCACAAGUCAGUUGUGCAGAUGUGGCUUCUUCUGAAAACAAUCAGUCCCUGACCACAGACUUUACAAUACCCAAAAAGCACCAAAGUAAAGGCAAAACAUUUACCUGUAAAGUUCACAGUUCUUCCAAACAAUGGACAUCAAAACCUAUAGGAAACAUUUUUGAUAAUCCUACUAUUGAGCUCUCGGUUGUUCCCGGUGUUGGUGAAUCGAGUUUGAAUUCUCAGAAACUGGUUUGUUCUGGGACAGGAUUUGACCCAAAGAUCAAAUGGCUUUUAAAUUCUAACGUGAAAUCUGGCGUAGCUGUAGAUGUCACGAUAGGUGAAGAUGGACGUUUGAAAGUGUACAGUGAGAUGUUGGUGCCACAACAAGACUGGAAUCAAGGGGUGAUAUGUGAAAUUACUGAUCAGCACAAUAAUAUUAACAAAAGCAUCAAUAUUUGUUCAGAUUUAUCCAAGCCUUUGGUGACGGUAAAGAAACCCCAUCUCAGAGACAUUAUAAAGGAGAGUACAGUCACUGCUUCUUGUGUUGUUGAAGCACCAUACAACACUCAAGUGUCAUGGUUUAAAAAUGGAAGCAGUGUCCCCAAUACAAAACCACCGGUCAAAUCACCUUUGUCCAGCAGAUCACAGAAAAUUGUGAGCAACCAGACUUUCUCCACAGUAGAUUGGUUGAGAGAUAAUAUUGUUUGUAAAGCUACACAUCCAUGUUUCAAAGUAGAGGAACCUGUGAUUAAAACUGUUAAUAUACAGAAAGAUCCUGUUGUGGUGAUCAGGAGGUCUUUCACAGGAGGCAGUGCUGUACUGGAGUGUGUUGUACGAGAUCUUCCCUCUGGUGAAGUCUGCAUCACCUUCCAGUCAGGUGGUGCUGAUAUCUCACAAAUCAGUUGUGCAGAUGUGGCUUCUUCUGAAAACAAUCGGUCCCUGACCACAGACUUUACAAUACCCAGUGAGCACCAAAAGGAAGGCACAACAUUUACCUGUAAAGUUCAAAGUCCUUCCAAACAAUGGUCAUCAAAACCUACAGGAAACAUUUUUGAUAAUCCUACUAUUGAGCUCUCAGUUGUUCCCAGUGUUGGUGAAUUAAGUUUGAAUUCUGAGAAACUUGUUUGUUCUGGGACAGGUUUUCACCCACAGAUUAGAUGGCUUUCAAAUUUUAACGUGACAUCUGACACAGCUGUAGAUGUCACGAUAGGUGAAGAUGGACGUUUGAAAGUGUACAGUGAGAUGUUGGUGCCACAACAAGACUGGAAUCAAGGGGUGAUAUUUACAUGUGAAAUUACUGAUCAGCACAAUGCUAUUAACAAAAGCAUCAAUAUUUGUUCAGUAGCUGACCGGAGCAGUCAGAUGGCAGAUGUCUAUUUACUAGGUCCCUCCCUCAGUGAUGUGAGAUCUAUGACUGACAUUUCUUUGACCUGCUUGGUUAUUGGUCAUCGUAUCAAGGAUUUCACAAUCCAGUGGAAAAUCGAUGGACAUAGUUCAAAUAGGAAGCCUUUUUUACAACAGCCUCAAGAUCAUGCCAACGGGACUCAAAGCAUGCAGAGUAUUUUGAAGGUCCCGGUUAGCAGAUGGCAUGCUUAUAGUGUGUUCACAUGUGAAGCUAAACCUGUUUGCUCUGAAGUCACACAGGGAAAGAACAUCUCAAAAACCAGAAACCCUAAAGAACCUACUGUGAGGAUCCUCAAACCCUCUGACAGUGAUCUCUCUGGGUCUCAAGAUGCCAGUCUUCUUUGCUCGAUUACUGGUUUCUUCCCAUCUGAAAUCUAUGUGCAAUGGCAACUGAAUGGCACGCAGUUGGAUGAGUCUCGCUUUACUAACAGUCCUGUGGUUGCUCAUACUGCAGCUGGAGAUUAUUCAAUAUACAGUGCCUUAAUACUGUCUGCUUCACAGUGGAUGGAGGGCGUGUACUCAUGUGUUGUUUCUCAUGAGUCAUCUAAAAAUCCAAUUACUGCUAGUUUGGAGGACUUGUAUGCUUCGUUGAUGCCCUCUGCUCCAUCUGCAAAGCUGCUGCAGGGUUCAAAUGAGCUGGUGUGUCUGGCAUAUGGUUUCAGUCCAUCUGAAAUCAGCAUCACCUGGCUGCUGGGCUUGAAUGAGCUGUCUAAUCAAAGUGUCCUGGUUACCGAUCCUACAAAAGGUCCUGAUGGAAAAUUUACCAUCCAAAGUUACCUGCAUUUAUUGCCUGCUGAAUGGGCACCUGGAGAGGUGUACAGAUGCAGGGUAACUCAUAUUACUGGUACCCAAUUGCUUAACAUCUCCAAACCAGAAAUAUUGGAAGAGGGUAUUUAUAUGAAUGAAAACAAGGAUGAAUCUAUUACACAGGAAUCUUUAGAGGAAGCCUGGAAAAUGGCCUGUGCCUUUCUCGUUCUUUUUCUCUUUUCUCUCUUCUAUGGAUGCACAGUGACUAUGGUCAGAGUGAAGACUGCAUGAGCAAUUUCUUGUUUUUUUUUAGAUUAUUUGAUUACAGAUGUUUUGAAUGCAUCUUGAUUUGUGAAUAUUGAUUUCUUAAGCAUUGCAAAGAUUAUGUACAGUAAUAACAUAAAUGACAAAAUGUUAAAAUAAUAAAAUGCUUUCAAAUAAAACAACAAAAGAAUGUUUUAAUUCCAAAUAAAAGCCAAAUCGCCCUCCUGUAAUCAUUUCUAAAAUAGUUUAUUCCCACACAAAAAAUGUAGUAGUAGCAUCUAGGAAUCUAGUCCUAGCAUUUAGGAAUUCCCUUACAGUUAACCACUGAUUUACUACAGUAAAACAUGGUAUAACCAUGGUUUCUAUGUGGGUUGCACUCUAAAAAAAUGCUGGGUUAUUUUCAUUUUCUACUUAUGCACAAUAAGAAUGAUUCUUUAUUAAAAAUUGAGGUUUUGGAGCAUGUUAGACCUUUGGAUAGACAUUUUGGAUCCACCAGUUGUAUGCGCUUCGUUAUCCAGGUCUAAAUAGGACAUAAAGUUUAAGUGUUUUUUAUGAUGAGUUCUAUGUUCUUUUGAUGACUAUGCUUUUUACCUUUUGUUUUUUGUUUAUUAUUUCAUAUUUGUUACUUAUUUUAUUUUCUUUUUCAGAUUACUCAUAUUUUUGCUUUAUUGGAUAUUUUUAUUUCUUGAUGUGAUUUGUUUAUGUGUUUGGUUUCCCAAUCUUUUACACCUGAUUACCUUAUUAGGUCAAAUUGAUUGUUUCAAACAUGAUUAGUUUAUUGAAUGUUUUCUAACGAGGUGUGUUGUUUUGCCCUGAAGAAGACCACUUGUUGGUUGAAACAUGUUGGCUUUCCGAUUUUACUGCUUCAUAACCCAGAAAAUGUUUAUAUUUUACCUAACAAUCCCAGUAGGCAUGACCGACCUUAAACUUUGAAUGCAUUGAAAUAUGGUUGAAAUAAUGUCAGUUCUUGUUUCAACGUUGAAACAAUGUUGACACAACAGUUAAUGCUAAACGGUUGCAAAAGGUUAAUAAAAUGCUUAAAAAUCAUGGUUGAAAUUGGGUUGAAGCAAUGUCAGAUGUUUGUUCAACGUUGAUUCAAUCUGCAAAAUCAAAAGGUAAUUCAAUGUAGAUUCAGCCUUGUUCUUGAUGUUGACAGUGAAUCAACGUUAAAAGGCCAGCUGAGAUGGGUUUAAACAACUAAGGUUUUUGGGUUGAAACAACUCACCAUAGGUUAGAUAAAAAUCCAGUGGGUGGUCUUGUCUCUUUUUGACCCAACGCUGGGUUGACAUAACCCGGCAUUUUUACAGUGUGGAAGAAUGUGUUUGAUGCCUGUUUUCUCACAAAAAAGUGUGUAUUUUUCUUCUUUAGAUUUAGAAAUAUUUGCAGAUAAGUAUUAUAGACACAAGGGUGGGGUUGUGUCUAAUUUGUUCAUUCACACAGCAUAAUCCAUUCCAGACUAAUUGCAGGGAUGCAGUAUGCCUUUCCGCACAGUAGAUGGCUGUAAGUGUCCUUGAAAUUAAUGACAACUCUCCAGAGAAAAAGACUUUUAGUUGUGGAAAUGUAAGGCUAUGAGCUGCUUUCAUCUUCUCUAAUUCACUGCAUGUACAUUUAUUUCUUUGAGAAUUUAAUUCAAUAUUUAUUCUUCUUAAAACUGAGAUUAAGAUACGAUGACGGUUGCUGUACAAGCUGAUUUAAACAGCACCUAUUGUCCUAUUCAUGGUUUUAAACAUCCUGUGGUGUGUAAUUGUGUAUUAGUACAUGUUAACGAUAUGCAAAAGGUACAUACCCCAAAGUAAACAAUGACACGUUUAUCAUCUCCAAUGUAAGAGCCAUAAUCCAUAUUGAAAAUUUAUUAUUUUCAUAUUUUUUAUUAUGUAAUUUUAGUACAAUGAGGUUGUUAAUAAGUCGGUUCCUGUUGUGUGUAUUAUAUUUAUCUGGUUUAUAUUUUUCCUACAGCGCAUGUGCAGUGACGUCAUUUUUUGGUAGUUCACUUAAAGAGUUGUCGACGCACAGGCUAUACGUGCUCAUAAUUAGUGGAAGAACACAAGCUUUUGACCGUCUCACUAUCAUCUCAUUAUUUUGUAAUAUAGCAUAUUUAAGUUUAUCAAUCUCUUCAAAUAAGUUGUUGAGAAAACAUUGUUGGUUUAUGCUGUAUUUGCAAAUGUGAGUGUUUAUUGAAAUUUGGAAGAAGAAUAAAUCACUGUAAAGGAAUAA